GCGGAGGCCGGGCCCUCUUGCUCGCCCCGCCUCCUCAUUGUCCUCCCCACGCCCUCCCCGCCCAAGGCCGAACCCCGAGCCGGGUCUUUCCCCCAGCCCGGCCGGCCCGGCCCGCGUGGAUCCCGGCUCGGAGGGGCCAUCGCCGCCGCAGGACGAAGCUGGUCCAGCUGUGGGGUGAGUCAACGUGGACCGGGACAUCUCAGAGCAGGCCUGAGCUUUCCCAGUAUCCCUGCACAGACACAGCCAAGCUUCCCGCUUCCUCUCCUUGGUGCAACUCUACUUAUCCAAGAGAGAGCCCAGCAGGUGCUUUGCGCCGACUCAACGCUUCAUGUCUCCGGCCACAGCAAAGGCAUGAUGCAUACAGAUAAGCCCCUGAGUACACAGGACAUGGAUGAAGUAUGGGUAGGAACAGGGGAGGUUUUGUCCCCCAAUACCUCCUCCCCGUUCCCCCCUGAGCCUCCGGGGACCUCGGGGAGCAUCAUUCCUGUCUACUGCGCCCUGCUGUCCACCGUGGUUCUUGGCCUGCUCGCCUACGUGGUCUUCAAAUGCUGGCGCUCGCGCAAACACAGACAACAGCUGGCCAAAGUUCGGACGGCAGAGCUGGGGGUCCUGGACCAGAGGCCUGGCGAAGAGAGCACCAUCUUUCUGGACUCGCCUGGUGGAACAGAACCCAGCAGCCAUGCCCAAGGUAAAAGCCUCCUUCAUCUGGGAUCCCCCUGGGUCCCCCCCACCCCCCACGCCGCCCUGGGCCUCCUGUACCCCGACUGCCGACUUUACCUUCAUCUCCCCCGGAAGCAGCAAGAGGAAGUGGAACGGCUCCUGGAGGUGCCCGGUGAAGCUGACCAGGGCUGGCGGGCCCUGGCAGGGCUUCUAGGCUAUGAGGUUGAAGCUGUGGAGACCAUAAGCAGGAGCCAGGAGCCGGCCUAUACCCUGCUGAGGGACUGGGCGGCCCAGGAAGGCAGCCGGGCUACCCUCCGGGUGCUCCGCGAUGCUCUAGCUGCGCUACACCGUGAAGAUGUGCUGCAGGCGCUGGGCCCUUUGGUGGAGGGCGACUCUGUGGUAUGAGGAGGGGUCCUGCCCACCCGUUCUGGUGCUCCCUCUUUUCUACUUUUGUAUCCUGUAUUAAA